GCUGUGCUGAUUGGAGGCGAGGAUCUUGAACCUGGAGUACAUGCUGAUCUUAUCAAAAGUCUGGAGGAGAAUUCACCUAGUUUCUUAAAACAUGAGGAACCACAGACUCCAGAUUCAGAAUUCGCCAGAACUCCAGAUUCUCCUGGGUUUGCUAGUGAGAUGAAUCGACCUCUAACAGAUCUGACCAGUUCUCUGCUAGAGGAUAUAUUGGAACCUAACCCUGGGGAGAUCAGCAUCACUAAUUUACAGGAGAAUUGGGUUACUAUCCUAAGAAAGGCUGGAGCAUGUUCGGUCCUUGUAGAUGCUAUAUACUCUCUACCUCUAAUUGAACAGUAUAUACACAGGUGGCAGGAUACAAUCCUUGAAGGAGCUCGUCCCCUGCCUCUUGCUCCUGGUCAGGGGGCCCAGGUCUGCGCCGACCUCCUUGCUCUAGAAGCUGAGAUAGAGUUGAUCUCGAGGAUCCUGCAGCUUCCUCUUUACCUCAAUACAGAUUUCACAAGAUUUCAAAAAGUGAGUGGAGCAAUUUUUGGGUGUGUUCUAGCAGCUCUCACAGCUUCAGCAGCUCUUUCAGCUGUCACAGAUCCUAAACCAGCGUGGGAGACAUCUGCGAAACAGAUUGUUGAGUUGAGCUUGACUCUGGCCAACAAUAUGCUUACGGUUACUGGGAAGAGUAGUAGAUUAGGAGCUGCUUCAGCUGCAAACCUGGGUACUAGCCUCGCCUGGCUUAUACUAACUGGGAUACAUGCAGGAUUUGAAAAAGAAAAUGAGAGCUUCUUUUGCUCCUCUACAGUAUCCUUCACUAACUUCUCCUUGGAUCUUCUCUCUCAUCUUAUUUUAGAUCUCAAGGAUGAAGACUGUAGUGUUAGCAAGGUUGAACCUGCCAACUUCAACCUUGGCGCUUCCUUUAGCAGUCUACAACGUAUUGUUCUCAUCUACUCCUCGGUCCCGGUCUAUGCUCUCCUGCUCAGGAUCUCCAAGGCAUCCUACAGAAAGUCCCGGAUGUUGAUGAACCUGCAGAAACCGGAAAUUGAGCAAACUCUCGGUUCUGAUAAGAACAGUUACCUAACUUCAGAAUCACAGACUGAAGAGGAACCCAUUCUGGGACAAUGGAUGCAGGAUAUUCUUAAACCUGCUCCGGGAUCUAGAUCCAGCACACCUCAGGAACAUGAUGAUCAGGGAGUUGAAACAAGUGUAGAGGAACCAAACUUGUAUCUUCUCCUCUCCUCCCAGAUACUUGCCUGGUUAUCUGAACAAAUGAAGAACGGAGAUGAAGGGGGUUGGAUGAAUGAGUAUGUUCUUUCUUCAGCUAACCUUGAAUUUAUUGAAAUCACUGGGUCCUUUAUUCAAGAAGCUGACAAGGAUUCAGUUUCCAAACAUCAUUUCAACUCUUGGGCUGAAUUCUCAUCCAGUCUAUUUUUGUUCACACAUAAUCUUGUUUCAAUCAUUGGUCCAAAUCCAGAGCUGUCAACCAAGCUCCUAUCCCUCUUAGGAUUAGAUCCAUCCCUUCCUAACUCUGAACCCUGGCCUCUUUAUGUGCCUGCUCGUAGCCUUUCCAUCUUAGCCCAAACCCUGCUCAUUCGGCAGAAGCUUGAGGUAGACCCCUACAGUGUCAAGGUUACCAAUCAGUUCAUGCUUAUGUGGGAGCGUGUUAUCAAUAGUGUUGUAGCUGCUGCUAAUGAUACCAACAGUAAUACUGAUGUAAAUGUAGAGAAUCUUCAGCUGAUGCUUCUGCUCUUCCACUCCCUUCAACUGAUGCAGAAGAAGCAUGUUCUUUUAAAUGCCUGUAAGAGCUUACUCUCUAUUUGCACUGGAAAGCCGGAUAAACCAACCCUGCUGUACUACAUGAUGUUGGCAAGGAUGUGCCUCUUGGUUGAUUAUUUUAUUAGACAUCUGUAUGAACCCCCAGCCUCUCUUCUUCCCCAGGUAAAAUCCAAUCUUUUCAAUAAAACCUCCUUUACCUCCCACCCUGCUCACUUCCCCAUGACAACAAUGGAGGACUGUGGUGAGAAACCUCAGUACUACCUCCUUAGCCCUACUAUCUACACCACCUCUAUGGAGGUUCCCAAACUAGAUGGGUUGGCAGUCAGUUUUCUCCUCGGCUCACCUGAGACCUUGGAUUAUGCUGGUCUGUAUGAAAGCCUAGUCGACCGGAUUGACAUAGUAAAGUCUGGUGCAGGAGAAGGACUGGGUAAGGGAACUAACUACUGCUUUAACAUCCUGUGGCGACUGCUUCAAUCCCUCCCCCCUCCAGCACCAUUCCUGGCUAGACUGGAAACCCUAGCUGGUAUAAAGGAACCUGACCAAACUCUGACCUACGGGUUUAUCCUCCAUGCAUUGAUUAUCGGACCAAGGUCAGCUAACAAGAAUUUCUCUACUUGGAUCAAAGAAGGUCUUGUGAAGCAAGGGCUUCUACUUGGAAAUGCUGACUCCCUGUUGAAGUCUGUAUCUGCUGAAGUAAACAGUAUUACCUUUCAGGUGUCUCUUCUCCAAAGUUUCUUACUAGUGAUGGAGGCAAGGAUGAAUCAGAAGAGCACCCCAGAGCUAGCUGAUCUCCUAAUUCUGGAUGCUUUGAUUGCAGGAUUCCAGAUCUCUCUAGAUAGAAUCUUCUCAUUGUCAAAGUUUUCUGCUCAAACUGAUACUCCUCUGGAUACGAAGCAGAAGAGAGAAGACUGGGUUGUGGGGAACCUCCCGCAAAGUGUUGAAUGCGCCCAGCAACUGGUGCCUAGUAUUGCAAGGUUGGUAAACCUUUUUAACCAGGCAGCAAGGAACAUUGUCCUUGAUAGGUUCAAGCAGAUACAGGAGAAGAAUAAAUCUGAUCUGGAUAUAUCCAGUAGUGCAACUCUUCUUCAUAGCAUCUGCAUCAUUGGAUCCCGGUGUCAGGCCACUGACAAUCUGGCCAUGAAUAUUACUACUAGUCUACCCGCAGCUCUAAGAACAGCACUUGAUGAAUGGUCUUCUACCUCCAUCGCCUCUUUCCCUCCGCCCAACGGUUGGAAAAGUCAAUACGACAAGGACCCUAUUCCUGGGGAAUCCUUUAUCUUCUCAACAAUCCUCUCCCACACCCAACUGUUGAACCUAGAUUCUGCUACACCAAGAUCCUCCUUGAAGCAUGUAUUGUCUAGUGCUGCUAGGUUUGCGUGUGAUCUGUUUGUGUGGUGUCCUGACUCUGGUCCACAGAGGAAUAGAUUAGUAUCAGCUCUGUUCCCUCUCCUUCUUGAUUCAACUACAGAGUUCCUGGCAGAUCUACUCUCACUCUCCCUAGAGAGAUAUGUUGGAACAGGAGAAAGUGAGAGCAGUCUAACUUCAGUAUACGAACUAGUUCUCCAGCAUGGAUACUCAAUACUAGUGGAUAGAAAUCAGAACCAGCUACUCAAGGCCGGUCAGAGUAUUCCUCAGGAGAUAAUUCAGUAUAUGGAGAGGAUGCUUGAUAAACCUGUUGGUCGGAAAUCAAUCUGUGCAUUCUUCAAUCCUGCACAACUACAUGUACCUAAACUAAUAGAGGUUUUAUUAUCUCUGGCUUCUCCUGAUCUAUCUCCAGCAUACGCUUCAAGAGUUCUCAGAUUCUUUAACAAGCUCUUCCAGAUGUCGGAACGAUAUAAGGAUGAGAGUGGACUAGUUGAACUAUGCCAGCAGGUUUCAGGUUUGCUCCAGGUUCCCAGCUCCAGGCUCAUGGACUGGCUCAGAUAUCUUGUGGUUGGAAUGUUCCAAGGAGAUGUAGAGACUGAAGUAGAGGUUGAUGUUGAUGCUCUUUUCCAAGGAGAAGAAGUUAAACUGGACAAUGUCCAGGAGAACAGGAUAAUGCUACAGAACCUUACCAAUCAUAUUGUUAAGUCUGAUUCUGGAGUUGAUGAGGAUGUUCCUCUAACAAUCCUCUCCCUCCUCAUCCCUCUAGCUUCGGACAUCCUCAGCUCACCCUCUGGUCCUGCUGUAGGAUUCCCCGACCUCAUGGCUGUCCUCACGGGACUCGCCUCCGCCGGGAACGGGAAGGGUCAUGUGAUCCUGUUUUCGGCCGUUGCGGACUGGUUGGAGGUCGUGAAGAAGUAUUUGGUCCAGAAGAACGUGGUGGAGAAGCUGGAGGCAGGGAAUAGCUCCGGGAGGCACAUGAUUAUGCUGGAGAAUGCCACAACACUACUUCAAUAUAUCAGCUCUGUUGUGUCUGCUCUGAAGUAUGGCUCUGUAAGAUGGGGUCUACCUGCAGUGGAAAGAAGUUCUAGUCCCCUUCAGUCUGAUCUUAAUGAUGAUAUGUCAUGGACAGAUGAAACACCAGGAGAAGAUGAGGACAGUGGAGAUGAAAGUGAAGAAGAUACUCUAGAUGGAAAACUCUGCACAUACACACAAACAGCUAGGGUUUUCAUGAAUCAGCAUUGGUAUCAUUGUCACACCUGUGGUCUGGUGGACCGGGCUGGUUGCUGCUCUGUCUGUGCUAGAGUUUGCCACAGGGAUCAUGAUGUGACUUACAGCAAACACGGGAGCUUUUUCUGUGACUGCGGAGCAAGGGAGGACGGAAACUGCAAGGCUGUUGCCCCUAGAGUUGCCCAGGCAGAAGAUACUAAUCGUAAACCUGUUUAUUCCGGAACUGAAUCAUUCCGGCUUCGUUCCUCUAGUCCCCAGAAGGAGAUGGUUGAGACCAAAGACAAGUUGACCGGUGUUGAACUAGAGCUGGCCAGACAUGUAGACUCCUACAAGGAACAGCUGAUGGAUGUCCUUAAGGGAAAGAACUGUAUUGCUGCACUGCUUGAAAUCACAGAGGCCUUUGUGCCUGUGCUUGAGUCUAGUGCUAGGUCUGCUGCUCCUCUAGGAGCAAUGACAAGGAUUAGAGCUGCGCUUGAUACACUUCAUCAUGUGACUAAAACAUUUGAGGUCAAUGAUCAGCUUGUACUGCCAACAUUGGGAUCUCAGGAGGGUGCUUUUGAGAAUGUCAAGAUGAACUUCAGUGGUGAACAGGGACAGGCAAUCAGACAACUUUUAAAUGCACAUAUGAUUAGACGAGGCAUUAUGUGCUGUCUAAAUUCCAGCGGUGGAAAGCGUCAACACUUGGCUGUUUCUCAUGAAAAGGGUAAAAUUACUGUGCUACAACUCUCAGCACUGCUGAAGCAAGCAGAUUCCAGUCAGAAGAAAUUAACUCUUACAAGGCUAGCUUCUGCUCCAAUACCCUUUACUGUUCUCUCUAUGGUGUCCAACCCAAUCAAUGAAAAUUUCCUUGCUGUAUGUGGACUUAAGGAUUGCAGGGUUCUUUCCUUCAAUGCCAAUGGAGGAGUCUCUGAACAGCUAGUUCUGCAACCCCAGCUGGAAGCUGCCAACUAUAUCAUAAAACCAGUUUGGUUGCCAGGCUCUCAAACACAACUAGCAAUCAUUACAGCAGAUUAUGUUAAAAUAUAUGAUCUAUCAUCUGAUGUACUGUCUCCAGCAUACUACUUCCUUAUUCCAAGUGGCAAAAUCAGGGAUACUACCUUUAUUCACACAGCAGAGGGGGAGAUGUACCUCUUGCUGAUGUCAUCUGCUGGACAUAUCUACUUCCAGCUUCUCUGUGAUGAGUCCUCUGCUCGACAUGGCUCCUUUUACGUAACCAACAUCAUGGAUGUAAACCAUGCUGAUGUAAAAGAUAGCAAUGGCAGCCUAUGUGGAGGAGGGGUGUCUGUUUACUUCUCUCAUGCUCUUCAGAUGCUGUUCUUUAGCUAUGCUGCUGGAAAAUCAUUCAUGGCACCAAUCACAAUGGAUAUAGAAGAACUUCUGUCUGUUUUCUUGAUUCAGUAUAAGCCAACACCUUCCACUGGGAGUAAGAAUAAUGUCCCUCAACCACUUUGUGGCUGGAAUGAAGUGUCUGGACACCCUGGUUUAGUCACUGCAGUUCUGCAACAGGCUGGUAAUCCUGUUAUUCUUAUGGUGCAACCUGAGAAAUGUCUCAUGCAGGAGAUAAAGAUGGGGACCAAGGCUAAAAUCAUGGACAUGGUUUCCAUCAGACAUCUUUCAACCAACACCACUAGCAGCAUAGCUGGUGAGGAGAAGACAACUCUCAUUCUGCUCUGUGAGGAUGGAAGUCUCAAGAUUUAUAUGGCAAACGCAGAAGCUACUGGAUACUGGCUUCAGCCACAGUUUCAACCAACUGGCUCUCUUGCAUUUACUAGGCCACAAAAGAAGAAAAAGGCAUCCAAACUGCAUAGAAGCUCUGGACUUGUCCAUUUCAACCUGGACUUUUUUGAGCAUUGCCAACAGCAGGUUGCUGAUAUCGAGUUUGGUGGUCUGGAUAUUCUGCAAGUUUACAACAUUCAACAGGUUAAGGUUAGGCUUCAGAACAAUAACCUGUAUAUUGCCAAUACCAAGCCAGGGGGUUUCCAAAUGGAAAUAUCUAACAAUGACUCCAACUCUGUUAUUGUUGCCAUUAGAGUGCUGUUAGGGUCUCAAGACACCGUUAGGAUUCCAAGCACCAUUGAAAUAUUUGGAAGACCAUUGCAAGUAAAUCUGUCAAGAGCCCGUUGGUUUGAGCUUCCACUAACCAGGGAGGAAAGUAUUCAAUGCCAUGGUAAACUAACAGUUACCUUUGGACCCACAUUGGACCCAGAUGGAGUAAAUAUGAUAGAUAGUAUCCAGGUGUGGACUAAGUCAAAGGAAUUGUUUGGUUGGCCAGAGGACAAUGAUGAAUACUCAUCAGGUAUCUCAGCAGAAAGUGGAACGGAUAUUGAAAAGGUUUCUGUGCAUCCUUUAGCACUGACACCAGUUGAUAAGGUUGUUAUGUCAACCUUGGAAACUUUGGACUCAGCUCUUUCUGUUUGUGAUGCAAAGGUUUUAUCUGAAACUCAGUUUGGGGUUGCUCUGUCUGUGUCAACCAAGCUUCUGGUUGCUCCUGGCCCUGCACUGGUUCAGAAAGCUACUAAAUCUGUCCUUACUGCUUUACAUCCAAACAAGGUCUCCUGCUAUCUCCAUACAGAUGCAGCGCUUCUCAAGCAUGCAACUGCAAUGCUUGCCAGCACAAGUGAUCUGGACUGUGAGAAGUUCCAUCAUCUUGUUGCCAUUGCCAGGAACAUUGCCGUGUCAAGGCCUAAAAACUUGGUGAAGUUUGCGGAAACUCAUGAUGAGACAAAUCAAGGAUCCAAAAAAUUAGAAAGUAAGCAGACCAAGAGCCAGGAGUGUCAACAGUUCAUGAACUUGUUAAUAGAAGCAUUCUGGAGGCUUCUAAAGGAGAUACCAGCCAAUUCUCUCGCUGGAGCUCUUGGACAGCCUGGACUGACACAUGUUGAAUCUACAGUUCAAGCUUUAGUUGAAAUCCUUCAUGCCUUCUCCUUUGUUGAUCUUGAUACUGCAGGAUUCACUUCUGACCACUACAUUAGCUUCUUACUUUGUGAAGAUAAACGAGUUUCCUUUCCUGCCAGAGGAGCAAUUGUCAGAGCUGUUAGACCAAGACCUAAAAAAAGGAAGCUAGUGGAAAUUAGUACAGCAAAGGAGGGUUCCUCUAAACAAAGUUCAGCCCCUGCUCCUUCCCAACCUAGAGAGCAAUCUGGGUCAAGGUAUCAACCUCUACAUGAAAACAAUAGACAUGAUGAUGAACAGGAAGCUGAGCUAAACCAAGGACCUGGAGGAAUACACCUUGGUGGAGUAGCCGGAAAUCUCAGGGAACUUCUUCCCAUCCGUGGAAACCUCCCUGAUAUGCUUGAUCUCCCUGCUGAUGAAGCUAUGGUUGAAUUAGCAAUAGCUCUAAGCCUACAGGAUCAGGAUGGAGGUGGUGGAAACCAGCUCUCACAAGGUCUUCAGGGAUUGCAACAACUGGCCAACCUUGGCGAAGGACUUGCUGGAAUCCUUGGAGGACAUGACAAUGAAAGUGAUGGUGAAGAUGUUGUAGAAGUAGAUGAAGAGGAUGAGGAAGAGGAUGAAGAAGCUCCAGAUGGUGCAGAUGAAGCUGCUCAGUUUAGUGAUACAACUGCUUCUGCUCCAGGAAGUGAUGAUGAAGGUUCUAUUGGUGGAGAAGAGCAAGAAGGAGGAGAGAGGGAGAACGCAGGAGGAACUGGUGGAAGUGAUUCGGGUGGCAGCUUAGCUGACAUGGCUAGUGUGGGAAAUCUAUCCACAGACAAUUACAGAUAUGAUACUGAAGGUGAAAGAGAGAAAAGUAACUGUGAACCUCAAGUUGAAGAUGCUGAAGAAACUGACAGAGAGUCUCGUUUAGCUGGCUUGCGACAGUUGCUUAUUGAGAAACUAGUUUCUUAUAUAAAAUCUUUAAAAGAAGUUGGUGGAACUCGAUGCAUUCCCUACAUGCAGUUAGCUCUUGCUCUCAGCACAGAUUUAGACCUGGAAAAUGACAGAGAACAUGCAGCCUUGAAGAGUCUGAUCCAAGCACUUCUUAAUGAAAUGGACAUGGGAUCUACUCUUUCUACUGAUCCUUCCUCUAGAAACGCUAAAAAAGAAUUCCAACUUCUAAUCCUCCGUUUGUUCAGUGUUCUCAUGUCCAGAACUAGAUCCUCUGGCUCACCAGGCAAGGAUGAAGAGACUAACAGUGUAAGCAACUAUGUUGGUUCAGCACUAGCCCAGGCCGGUCUUCAUACUCAUUGUUUAUCCAUACUGAAGAACCUGCUCCCUUACUGGCAGGGUCUACCUAUAGACGAUACUGGAGUACUUGCUGGUUGUGAACUCCUCAAACCUCUGGUGGUGUCUUCUGUUCCUGACAUGGCACCCUUCUUCUUGAAGCAGUAUGUAAAAUCUCAUACCAACGAUAUAUUUGAAUCCUAUGCACAACUUCUCACAGAGAUGUCGCUUCGGAUUCCUUACCAGUUGAAGAAAAUUUCAGAUGGAGAGAGUCAUCCAGGUCCUCACUUCACCAAUGAUUGGUUUUAUCAGCUCUGUGAGCUUAUGAUGACUCCACAGGCUCCCUUUGUGAAGCGUCAGGUUCGGAAGCUGUUACUCCUGAUCUCCGGUAGCAAGGAACAGUACAGGCAUCUCCGGGAUAUGCAUACUCUGGAGACUAGAAUCAGAGAAAUUAAGGUGACCGUAAGCAAGGGUGGAUUCAAUCCGCUGAUUGGAGAGGACAAGAUUAUCAGCCUUCCUUACGAUACGCUUAUAAAGCUGAUAGAACAGUUAAAGACAUGUGUGGAGGUUGCUGAGAGUAGAACCUUGAACUGGCAGAAGUUCUGUAUGAGUGAUGAGACCGUUCUACCCUUUAUCAUCAAGAUAUCCUUCCUAGUAGAUAACGGUGUUUCACCGUUCCUUCUCCAGCUUCUACAGGCAGCACUCUGCCCACAGCCUAAGGAUAAGAACAGGUCUAAGUCUAGUAGUCCAGUAAAGAGUGUACGGAAAGAUAAGAUGAGAAGUGAAGAACCAGAUGUUGACGGAGAACUGUGUUCUGCAGAUGAGAACCUUUGUAUUGCUCUCUCCCAGCAGGUGAUGAGUUCAAUCCAUCCAAGUGGGUCAACCUUCCCAGUUAGUUCUAGUCUCUCCAGGUUUAUUGAGAAGUUUCUCAUGGAAUGCAACACUACUGCUGUGAGAUGGCAGGCUCAUGCUCUACUGGUCUCUCUCCAGUCCUAUUCUACACCUGGAGAUAGAACCAGAAUACUUGAAGUACUCUGGCAGCUCUGGAGCAAACUUGCAAACCACGGCAGGCGGUCAGCUCAGUUUGUUGAUUUACUUGGAUACUUCUCCGUACAGGAGUGCAGGGAGGGAGCAGAGGAGUUCAUGUCCAGAUACUCUCUCAUGGCAGUUGCGAUGCUCAAAAAGCAGAACCGUAUACUAUCCUCACACUCUAACUCAGCAAUCUAUACCUCGCUAGCCCAGCUAGUUGAUUUUACAGGAUUUUAUCUUGAGUCUGAUCCCUGUCUUGUCUGUAACAACCCAGAGGUUCCAUUCUCUCCAAUCAAACUCAGUAAUCUUAAGGUUGAUACUAAAUACACAACUAGUAACCAGAUGAUUAAACUCACUGGAUCUCACAGUAUCAGCAAGAUUACGCUACGGAUAGGAGAUCUUAAGAGGCAGAAGAUGGUUCGAACCAUUAAUAUUUACUACAACAAUAGAUCUGUACAAGCUGUAGUAGAGUUGAAGAACAGAGUUUGUCACAAGUGCCGAACUAUUAACUACGACGAGAAGGAUCCCUUCCUUUGUAACUCCUGUGGGUUCUGUAAGUAUGCAAAGUUUGAGUAUAGUCUGACCGCUAGGCCCUGCUGUGCUGUGGAUCCUAUAGAAACUGAUGAGGAUAGAACUAAGGCUCUCACUAGUAUCAAUAAUCUCUUGGAGAAAGCGGAUAAGGUGUAUAGACAGCUGAUAGCUAAUAAGCCUGAGUUAGAACGCCUCCUGAUAUUGGUGCAAGACGGAGAAUCUGAUGAUUCUCCUGCUAACACUAUAUCUCCAGUUAACAAGUCUAUUCAUCAGUUGAGUCAGAAGUACUGUGUUGAGUGCAGGAAAAUAUCAAUAUUUAUUUUUUUGAUUUUUUUAUAUUAUUACAGGGGGUCAUGUCACCUCCCCCCCUUUUAUUUUGGGGUCGGUGUAGUUUCUAAUCUAGGCCUGGUGUCUGAGCUUCUUAAUCUGAAUUUAAGACGAGGAUCUUCUUCCACUAGGAGUUCUGUCCAAGGAUUGAUCUGUCUACUGACCAAGGAUAACCAGGAAGCAACUGAUCAACUGAAUUCUCUUCUAUAUGACAAGAUCAAUACUGCUCUAAGAGGAAGUGACCAGGCUCUUGGUAGUAUACGCCAGGAGAUGAUACUUCUGUCAGCUGUUGUCAAGCAGAUGGAUUCUUGCUGGGAGAGUAGGCUUAGAACCCUUAUCAAGCUAUUCAUCCAGGCAGCAAGGCAAGGGAACUCUCCCACCGUGCUGGAAUCCAUCACCCUGCCUUGUCUUAACAUUAUCCAGGACAUACUCCAAUCCUACAAGGUUCCUUUGUCCCCUCGCAAGAAGGAAAAAUCUGCUAGUCCAGAAUUAGAAGUUCAGAAAUAUGCCCCUAUUGAUAUACAGGGUUGGUUGAAUGGUGAGCUAGGGUUCAAGGAUUGGCAGGCGCAAGAUCAGGUUCUAGAAGAGCAGACUACUGAUAAAAGAAUCAUUCAGAAGUAUUUUACAAGAUGGAGAGAGAGUGCAGUGAACAAAACCUGGAAUAGAACCCAGCCUAGACUUCAGGAUAGAACAUAUCUCAAGCAGAUCCUCUUCAAUAGAUCCUGCAGGGGGGCCAGGGAGGUCACAGCCAACCUCAUCCUCAAGUUCAUGGAGUCGGGACCUCCGGACCGUAAGAGGGACAUGGUGGACACUCUGACAUCCUUCCUGUCCGAGGUUGGGAGGUCGGGGGAGGCCAGUAAAGAGUUCAUCAACCUCUACAGAAAGGUUGUUGAAAAUGGGGACUGGCAUUACUACCUGGCUAUUAAGGGGGUUCUCCAGGUGCUCGCCAAGCUGAUCGAAACCGAGAUUAACUAUUUCGGAUUUCUAGAGCAAACCAGGCUGAGUUCUGAUCUAGCCCUGGGUUAUGCUGUCAAGGAGUUGACCAGCCUACUCUCUAGCCUACUCCAACACUCUAGGAUUAAGACCAACUAUAAGUCUAAGCUUGUUUCCGCUGUGCUAGGUGGAUAUUUGUCCCUGAGACGUCUUGUUAUCCAAAGAACUAAGAUGAUCGAUGAGACCCAGGAUAGUUUGCUGGAACUACUGGAGGAUCUCACCUCAGGAACAGAGGAGGAAACCAGAGCGUUCAUGAAGUGCUGUGUGGAGACGGUUCAACGGUAUCCUCCAGACGAUCAUCUUACUCCGGUCUUUAUAUUUGAACGUCUGUGUUCUAUCAUAUUCCCAGAGGAGGCCCAUACUGGUGAGUUCUAUAUGAUCCUGGAGAAGGAUUCUCAACAGGAGGAGUUCCUUCAGGGUCGAAUGUUGGGGAAUCCUUACUCUAGUAAAGAGCCUGGACUGGGUCCUCUCAUGCGGGAGGUAAAGAACAAGAUAUGUAUGGAUUGUGAGCUGGUAGCCCUACUUGAGGAUGAUAAUGGGAUGGAGCUCCUUGUCAACAAUAAGAUCAUCAGUCUGGAUCUUCCAGUGCAGGAGGUCUUUAACAAGGUCUGGCUCCCAGAGAUGGGAGAAGGAAUACCUAUGAGGAUUAUCUACAGAAUGAGAGGACUGUUGGGAGAUGCUACUGAGGAGUUUAUUGAAAGCUUGGAUAAAAAGGAAGGAGAGACAAGUGAUGAUGAGGAAAUUUAUAAGCUAGCGGAGGUUCUUGGAGAAUGCGGAGGCUUGAAGGUGAUGUUAGAUAAACUCUCCAGCAUCCAUUCUCUUUCCAGCAAGACCUUGAUGGCAGUUAUCCUGAAACUGUUGGGAUACUGUUGUAAACUCCAGUCUAACCGUCAGAAGCUUCUAAGUCCUGAUCUGAGAACAACAACAACUAUGCUGAGAUCUCUUCAACUCUGUUUAUCUGCCGGUGAGGGUCAAACUGUCGUAGUGGCAGGGCAACCUAGUCUUACAGAAACUAUUCUUGAGCUCAUGGAGAAGCUGUUAGUUGAGGCAGCCACCAGUCUCAAGUCUGUUGUAGAUUAUCAAGGGUUUGCGUCUUCUACUGAGGCUGAGAUAACAACACUAUUGGAUCAUGCUGUUCACAUGAAACCUGGAACAGAUCUUCAUCAUAGACUCAUGAGAGUUCUACCCUUCCUCACCUACGCCAACCCUGACAAUAUGAAGCUGGUGAUCAACCACUUCACGGAGGUUCUCAACUUCAACAGGUUUGACGAGGGGCACACCAGCGAGGAUGAAGCAAGGCUAGAAGCCUGGGUUGCACUCUGUGAUGGUAUAGAACGAAGUGAGCUAGGAAACACAAUGAAGAAUGAAAUACUAAGCCUGGGUAUCCUGGCAAGGUGUACAGAUUAUAUCAAGGAGAAUGCUCCCCCCAGCAAGGAUAUUCUACUGAAGACGGACAGCCCGGCCUGGAAGGAGUUCUCUAUGAAGCCCAGCAUCAAGUUUAUUCUCCGAGCUCUGGUUGGAUUAGCCUCAGGGCACUCUCAAACACAGGAGGCAUUAGCUGGAACUGUUAUCGGAGAACUGCAUCUUCUAGAACAGAUGUCUAGUGAUGAACAUCUAGGUUCUCUUGCGUAGAUUUUCUGAUCAGUGGGAAGUUCCAUUUUCUCAAAAAUUUAGAUUUUAAAUUAACUCUGUAUUAUUUCCUGUUCAUGCAGGCCUAUUGUGCACAAAAAUACCAAUUAAAAAAACUUAACUGUUCAACUUUUACAUAAAGCGGAAAUGGACAUAUAAAANGUUAAAGCUGAGCAGUCCUUGCUUCAGCAGUUCCAGGGUAUAGGAGAAGAGUCUGGUCUAGCUUGUGUUAUCUGUAGGGAAGGAUACAGGUUCCAACCUAGUAAAGUCCUGGCUAUCUACACCUUUACUAGACGGUGCUCUCUAGAGGAUGCAGAGAAGGGUGGAAGGAAGACUAUGGGGUUCUCAACUGUAUCCCAUUUCAACCUUGUUCAUGUUGAUUGUCAUCUAGCCGCUGUUAGACAGGCGCGUGGUCGUGAGGAAUGGGAGAGUGCUCUGCUGCAGAAUGCGAACACUAAGUGUAACGGACUUCUUCCUCUCUGGGGUCCAGGGGUCACGGAGUCAGCUUAUGCUGCUUGUCUUGCCAGGCAUAACACUUACCUGACAGAGGCAACAGGGCAGCGAGAUAUUGGAUACCAGAGUACUAUCCACGACCUGAAGCUCCUCCUGAUCAAGUUUGCACAAGAGAAGAGUUUCAGUGUUGACAGUGGUGGUGGAGGUCCUCAAUCCAACCUUCAUCUACUACCCUACCUAGUACAUAUGGCACUCUAUACCAUUAACUCCUCUAGGGCAAGUGGGCGUGAAACCCGACAGUUGGAGGCGUGGCUAGAUGCCCCUCCCACCCUAUGGCACAGCCAGUCCUUAAGUGUUGAUGGACCAUUCUAUCAAACUAUCCUGGCUCUUCUUCUUCUCUCACCAUCCGUCUGGUCUGCUAGAAGAGCACAGUUUAUUCUCCGAGCUCUGGUUGGAUUGGCCUCAGGGCACUCUCAGACACAGGAGGCAUUAGCAGGAACUGUUAUCGGAGAACUGCAUCUUCUAGAACAGAUGUCUAGUGAUGAACAUCUAGGUUCUCUUGCGGAGGCUGUUUUAGAAGCUGUACGAGAUCAUCCGGAGGUUGGAGUAAAAGUUGACGAGGUCAGAAAGGCCACUAAGGAGGAGAAGAAGAAGCUAGCUAUGGCAAUGAGAGCCAAGCAGCUGAAAUCUAUCGGUCUGAAGACUAAUGAGAAAGGACAGGUUAAAGCUGAGCAGUCCUUGCUUCAGCAGUUCCAGGGUAUAGGAGAAGAGUCUGGUCUAGCUUGUGUUAUCUGUAGGGAAGGAUACAGGUUCCAAUACAUUUUAUCUAUUGUUUUAUUUAGGCAUAACACUUACCUGACAGAGGCAACAGGGCAGCGAGAUAUUGGAUACCAGAGUACUAUCCACGACCUGAAGCUCCUCCUGAUCAAGUUUGCACAAGAGAAGAGUUUCAGUGUUGACAGUGGUGGUGGAGGUCCUCAAUCCAACCUUCAUCUACUACCCUACCUAGUACAUAUGGCACUCUAUACCAUUAACUCCUCUAGGGCAAGUGGGCGUGAAACCCGACAGUUGGAGGCGUGGCUAGAUGCCCCUCCCACCCUAUGGCACAGCCAGUCCUUAAGUGUUGAUGGACCAUUCUAUCAAACUAUCCUGGCUCUUCUUCUUCUCUCACCAUCCGUCUGGUCUGCUAGAAGAGCACAGAUUCUGCAGAGAUUGCUUCUGACAGCUCAGGUUCGUGCAGCUGAGCAGAACACGUCGGUUAACCUAGUGGAGGUUGCAGAGUACACGGUGUACAGGCAGACAGUUCUAUUCUUCGCUAUUACAGAUCUUAUCAUCAGGGAGAUGUUUACUGGGAUACAGGAGAACCAGGGACAGGAAUGGUGUGUAACACUAGCGGACUGGAUUAGAAACAGUGAUGAGAUAAUAUUGAGCCGAUCCACUAGUAUCCUUCAAACCUUUCAACAAGAUCUUAUUCCAGCCCAAGAUAUGAGUGAGGUUCUUGAUGUGUGUGGGUUACUCACAGAGAUACCUUCAGCUCCAAGCUCCAUCUUGGAGGUUCUAUCACUCCUACCUCCAACAAGUUAGUUUUGCUCCAAUACUGGAGGUACUAUCCCUCCCACCUCCAACAAGCUAGCUUCUAUCUCUAUACUGGAGGAUAACGAAAACAUAUUAAGAAAAAAAAUAUAUAAAAUAUAAUAUUCAUAUCUAAUCCCCGUUCGCUUUAAUCAAGUAACACUUUAAAACAAUCGAAUUAUCAAUUUUUGAUUUGUUUUUGAGAAACUUGAAAUUUUUUUGUGUGCAAAAUGUCAAACAUGAUAAAAUUUGUGUGAUUUUCCGAUUAUUAUUAUUUUCUGCAUCACAAUUCACAAUUCACAAUUCACAUGCUUUAAUUUUUGUUUUUGUGAGUUUAAAAUUGUUUAGUAUUUGUUAGAUUCAAUUAUUGCUUUUAAUGUUUCAUCUUCAACCAAUUUGUGAUCUUGUAUUUUGGUUCCUUGGCGGCAAUCCAAAAUAUACAAGUAACAAGGAGGUUGUUUAAUAAAUAUUUAAUCACUCUU